AGGCGAGGGGGGAGUCACAUGCGCCAGAAAUCCGCUCAACUCGUUUUCACCUGCUGCGUCUAAGUUCAGCUACCAAGACAUCAAGCCUGCGACGCCGCGCUGUGUCGGGAGCGGAGUCAAAAAUCCGAGCGACGAGUGGAAAAGCCGCGGUAAAGCCGGCAGAAGUCUGCAUCGGCCUGUCGUAACCGAAAGUGGAGUCGAGGGGGGGAAUAUCCUCUAAACGGAGAAGACGGUCAAAAUGUCAGACGGUGAGCCAGAGCCCAUGGAAGUUGGUGAAGAUACGAGUGAAAUCCAGCCACCUGCUGAGAAUGAAGAUGAAGCUCACGCCACUCUCUCUGUCCAGUGGUCAGUGGGUUAUGUGGUGCAGAAAUACAAAGUGGAACUAGCGAGAGUUCUUCAAAGUUGGGCCAACAGAAUCAAUUUUGUUGGAGACUGCACAGUUCUAAAAGCCUCAGAAGAUGGGAGCGCUUUGAUAAGGAUAAAACCUGCUUCAGCUCUGAGUGGGCUGCAGGAAUUGAGUGGACAAACACUGACCACUAAAGACGGGAAAAAAGUCAAAGUAAUGUCUGUUAGUCCGAGAAUGCGAGAGCUGGAGACGCAAAUACCAGAUAAUGCUUCAAUGAGUCUCCCUUCUUCAUCUGUGUCAGACCCACAACAUGAGCAAGUGCAACCAGGGCAACAAAGUAGUUUCACCUUUUCAGCAGCAGAAUCUAAAGAUGGAGAGGUGACAUGCACCUGUCCUGUUGGCCAUUUCUGGUAUGUGAGCCAUGUCUACGAGGAGGAAAUUAAACGUAUAGAGAAAGAGAAUGGAGUUAAAUUUGAGGCAGAAGUGAAGAUAACAUUUCAUCCACACCAGAAAGACGGAGACCCACACAAAGCUCUCUCUGAGUUUACAGGCCUCGUCCAGAACUCCUUAGCUGAAUCCAAUGGCUCAGUUUUUCCUCUCAAGUACAUAGAUCCAGAAGACUCGGGGGACAUUCUGAAAAUUAUCCAGAAAAACGAAAACAAGCUUUUGCUUACUCUAUCUUCUGAAGGAAUGACCGUAUGUGGGCCAAGCCAAAGUCAAGAUGCCAUCACAAAGUCCUUAAAUAUAUCACAGAAAACCUUAACGGAUACCAGCACUUCUGUUGGAGAGUCUACAUGGGCGUUUCACGAUGCAUCACUGACGAUUGGCAUGAGCUUCAAAGACCCUCUCGCUGAUGCAGGACUAACCAUGGAGCAGAGCUCCUGGAGGCUGAUGACUACCUCCUAUAAUGAGCAAGUAGCUAAGAUAAAAACUAAGUUUGAUGUGGAUUUAAGGGAAUCAGGCAUCAGUGAAGGAAAAGUGUAUGUCAAAGCCUGCUACAAAAGAUCUGGAGGCAACGUGUCAAUGGAGAGCCAUGCUGUCAGAGCUCUUCUUCGUCUGUACCAGUGGAUUACAACAUCACCCCUGAAGUUCACCCAACACCAUGGUGCCAGUGGGUUCUUCGACUCACCGAAGAACUUGAGCAAUGAUUAUCCGUUAGAGGGGGCCUCUAGUGGACCUGUUUCGAAUGGCGAGGCCAGAUACGGCAUGCACAACGCUGAAGCACCCACAGGAUGGGCAGCAACAGUAGGAGACAGUAAGGAUGAAGACUGCCCUAUAUGCAUGGAUACAUUCAUCAAUAAGAAACAGCUUAAGUGUAAACAUGAAUUUUGUGAGGAAUGCCUUGAACAAGCAAAGAGAGCAAGUGGACCCAUCUGUCCUGUGUGCAAAGAUGUCUUCGGCAUUAUAGAAGGAGACCAGCCAGAUGGAAAAAUGUUAGUCACAACACAAUCUUCACGCCUCCCUGGAUUCCCAAACUGUGGCACUAUAGUCAUCACCUAUCACAUUCCAGAUGGAAUACAAAUGGAAAAACAUCCCAAACCUGGACAGCCCUACAUUGGUAUUAAGAGAACAGCAUAUCUGCCUGACAACAAAGAGGGCAUAGAAGUGCUGCAGUUGUUGAGGAAAGCAUUUCUUCAGAAGCUCAUUUUCACUGUUGGGACAUCCAGAACAACUGGAUUAGAGGGCCAGGUGACCUGGAAUGACAUUCACCACAAAACCUCCACUUCCGGAGGGCCAGAACAUUUUGGGUAUCCUGACCCUGGCUAUCUGAGCAGAGUGAAAGAGGAGCUGAAGGCUAAAGGCAUCAAGUGAAGACUUAGAUACAAAGUGACUUUGGAGGGUUGUUGUCGCAAGUUUGAUUUCACAUGCACGAAGAAAUUCAAGAAUUAAGAUGAUUAUUUCAAACAAGCAAUUACUGGAAUGCUCAUAAAGUAUUAUGUGCAUUCCAGUACUGUAGUCUGUCUCUUCUUUUGUAAUUUUUCAUAUUAUUACUAAGGGAUUCUUUGAGGUGCACCAGACAGCAUUUACAGCUUCAGAGUUUAUUGUUUAGCAACAUAUAUUAUCUUCACCUGUUAAGCAUAAUUUUAUCUGAUGGAUUUCUUCAGUUUUUUUUAAGUACUAUUUUUUCAAUUUAUAACAGUGUAAGAAUGAAACUUGCACAUAUAAAUUUAACUUCUUGUCUACAGUACACAUGAUCUGAUUUACUGGUUACCAAAUAAAUGAUUAAACCAACUUAGUGUAUACAAAAUAAAAACCCUCUUAUUGUAGUUACAUUAAAGAUUGUUUUUGUCUUUUCACAUGCGUUAAGAUAUGGCUGACAGAGACAGUACUU